AUGAAAAACAACCCUGACUUAGAGAAAGACUAUAUAUUUAACAAUUUAGUCAAAAGAGACAAACAAGAAAGAAUGCCGGGCUUCAAACUUAAGAAAGGUGACAAAGUAAAAAUAGAAAUACCUAAACGCGACCCAUAUGAAAAUACUAUUGACUAUGACAACAAUGGGAACCCGACAGGUACUCACCUUCGUGUUCGUAAAAAUAGAAGAAAGUAUACAAGAGAAUAUUAUGAAGUUUUAGGCAAACAUGGCAAAAUGUACAAACUGCAAGCAGAAGAUAAAACUACUAUUGUCAGACCUCGUUUCAAACUUGUCAAAGUUCAAGGUGGUAUACUUUCAAAGACAGUUCCUAACAAAUAUAAGACAACUCCUGACGAAUAUGCUAAAGAAGUUGAAAAUGACGACUAA